CAACUGGGAAUAGAACAAACUACAACAGCAAUUCCAACAAGCAACAUCAUGAGACAAUUCGUGGUUCUAUUUUCCCUGGCGGUGGCCACCGUCACGGCUAGCCUGAUCCCCCAGCCGGGAUUCCCAGAGGGUCGCAUCAUCGAUGGCGAGGUGGCGAAGGUCGGCGAGGCGCCCUUUGCUGUCUCCCUGCAAACCGAGCAAGGAUCGCAUUACUGCGGCGCAACCAUCAUCGCAAAGGAUUUGGUCCUCACCGCCGCACACUGCAUGAUUUAUAAACUCUUCUGGGUUGUGGGCGGAGUCACCGAUCGCACCGACCUGUCCAAUGCCCAAAGGCGCCAGGUGACCAGCGACAGCCAGUACGUUGUCCACGAACUAUACGGCGGCAGUGUGGGUCCCUACGACAUCGCCCUGAUCCACCUGAAGGAUCCCUUCGAUCUGAAUGCCAGGGCCCGAGACGGCAGCUAUCCGGUGGCAGCCAUCGACCUGCCCGGCAAAACCUUCCAGGGCACCGGGAACGGCACCCUCUUCGGCUGGGGACGCGACUCCUGGGGGGCUUUGCCACUUGCCCUCCAGAAGCUGGAAACCAAUAUUAUCGACGCCGAGACUUGCGCCAAAGAACUGCCCGCCAACAGCAAGCUGGCCGAGACCAAUGUUUGCAGUCAUAUUAAGGGAACACCUAAAGGAGCCUGCAACGGAGACAGUGGCGGUCCUUUAACAUCCUGGGGAUAUCUGGUGGGCAUCGUAUCCUGGGGCUACACUCCCUGCUCUAGCACCACGUAUCCAUCUGUCUAUACAUGCGUGGGUAGUUUUCUUAAAUGGAUUGCCGAGAAGUCGGCUCUACUCCGUGCCUAAGAUUGUAAACUCUCAAUAAUAUAACUCUCAAUAAACGAACAUUCUAUAUACCGAUAAA